CACACACACACACACACACACACACACACAAACAGCUUAGUUUUCCUGACAUUUUAGGACAUUUUGGAGUGUAAAAGUCACCCUAACCAUAACCCCAAAAACCCUUAUUUCCCCCCCUACCUUUUCGGGACAUUUGGGUGAAUUGUUAGGACAUUGGGGUCCUUAAAUGUAAGAAAACAAGUACACAAACACACACACACGCGGUCUGUCUGAACAGCACAGCCCAGCAGGUGAUCUGGCUACAGAGAGAGGACAGAGGGCAGAGGGCUAAACAGAUGUUCACAAGACCACCCUGGCCUGUGUUUGUUCUGUCAGCUCUGGGAACAGAGACACAGAGAACGGAGGUUGGGGGUUCCACCCUGGCCUGUGUUUGUUCUGUCAGCUCUGGGAACAGAGACACAGAGAACGGAGGUUGGGGGUUCCACCCUGGCCUGUGUUUGUUCUGUCAGCUCUGGGAACAGAGACACAGAGAACGGAGGUUGGAGGUUCCACCCUGGCCUGUGUUUGUUCUGUCAGCUCUGGGAACAGAGACACAGAGAACGGAGGUUGGGGGUUCCACCCUGGCAUGUGUUUGUUCUGUCAGCUCUGGGAACAGAGACACAGAGAACGGAGGUUGGGGGUUCCACCCUGGCCUGUGUUUGUUCUGUCAGCUCUGGGAACAGAGACACAGAGAACGGAGGUUGGGGGUUCCACCCUGGCCUGUGUUUGUUCUGUCAGCUCUGGGAACAGAGACACAGAGAACGGAGGUUGGGGGUUCCACCCUGGCCUGUGUUUGUUCUGUCAGCUCUGGGAACAGAGACACAGAGAACGGAGGUUGGGGGUUCCACCCUGGCCUGUGUUUGUUCUGUCAGCUCUCGGAACAGAGACACAGAGAACGGAGGUUGGGAGUUCCACCCUGGCCUGUGUUUGUUCUGUCAGCUCUGGGAACAGAGACACAGAGAACGGAGGUUGGGGGUUCCACCCUGGCCUGUGUUUGUUCUGUCAGCUCUGGGAACAGAGACACAGAGAACGGAGAAUGGAGGUUCCACCCUGGAGCCUCUCUAAGGCUUACCGAUGGCAGAUACACAGUGUUAUGGACUAUAUUUGGUUUGUAAUGGCACAGACUGUUUGAUCCAUAAGCCCAUCCCUAUCCUGUAAUGUUUGCACUUUGUAAGUGUGAUGCUUUCCUCAUGUGCUCAUAUGUACAUGGGAAAUAUGCUCAUAUGUACAUGGGAAUAUAUGCUCAUAUGUACAUGGGAAAUAUGCUCAUAUGUACAUGGGAAAAUAUGCUCAUAUGUACAUGGGAAUAUAUGCUCAUAUGUACAUGGGAAAAUAUGUUCAUAUGUACAUGGGAAAUAUGCUCAUAUGUACAUGGGAAAAUAUGCUCAUAUGUACAUGGGAAAAUAUGCUCAUAUGUACAUGGGAAAUAUGCUAAUUUAGCCGCCAGUGUGGGUAUAGUAUUUUUCAAAAUAAGAAUUGCAUACAUAUGUGGCAGGGUGGGGCUGGAUACUCCCCCAGUGAGCAUGCUCUUAGUCGGAAGGCUUCAACUCAGUGAGGAACAGGACCGUGAGACUGUCCUAAACCCUUCCUAAUAUGGAAGAAUGUGACAGACAGAAUGCCAGAGAACAUGGGGCAUAUUCUGGAAGAGACCAUUCUGUUCUGCUGAGUCACUUUGGCUUAAUGAGGAAGAAGGAACACAUUGUUUGGCUGUCAAAGGCUGUCAGAGGCUGUCAGAUGCUGUCAGGGGCUGUCAGAGGCUAUCAGAGGAUGAGAACACAGUUGUUUAUGAUGCCAGAUGAGAGGCUGGGACUGAGACUUAAUGGACAUUAAUGAGAAAACAUGAGCCUGAGUCUAGACUGACUGUGUCCAGCAGACUAAGGUUUUGAAGGGCCCAUGCCAUGGAUGAAGGACAAGAAACAGCUGGAGGAGAGAAAGAGGGAUUGAGGAAGGAGAAAGAGAGGGAGGGAGAGAGGAAGGAGAAAUAGAGGGAGGGAGAGAGGAAGGAGAGAGGGAGG